ACUGAACGUGUAGGUAUGUGCAGCGAUCACAUUAGCAGGUAUAAUCUACGUAGUAAACCAAGUUAUGUACAUAAUGUGUGUUAGGUAUCAAGUUUCGAUACCAAGUUCUCAAAAGAAAAAUGGGCCUUCUUCACAGUCAGUUUUCAUACAUUUUUUCGCAAAUUCGGUAUGCUAUCUGCCCUCCAAAUAUCGCGCAAAUUGCGCAUUUAAUCGUUGAAGUAGAACAAGGAAAAUUACGUGGUAAAGAAAGCAUCGCUAAAUACAGUAGAAAAAAAUACUGCAGUUUUUUGGGAAUUCCAUACGCCAAACCACCUGUGGGCAAUUUACGUUUCAUGCCUCCUGAAGAUUGCGAUCCAUGGGACACUUUGUAUGACGCAACAUACGAAAGAUCAGAUUGCAUGCAAUAUGAUGCUCUAUUAAUGCUGACUUUAGGAGGAGAAGAUUGUUUGCACAUGAAUAUAUUUACACCUCAACCUCCAAAGAUGAUUCGAGAUCUCCUACCAGUUAUGGUCUUUCUUCAUGGAGGUGGUUAUUGUUGUGGUUCUGGAUCCAGAAAAUUAUAUGGUGCGGAUUUUCUGAUAAAUCACGAUGUCAUUCUAGUUGCUCCGAAUUUCAGACUGAAUGUUUUUGGUUUUUUGAAUUUAGGAAUUAAAGAAUGUCCUGGAAAUGUCGGGUUAAAAGAUAUUAUAUUUUCAUUACAAUGGGUGAAAAGGAACAUUCAAAAUUUUGGCGGUGAUCCUGAUAAUAUAACUUUAUUUGGCCAAAGUGCAGGAGCAAGCGCAGUUCGUUGUCUGCAGAUAACCCCUUUAGCUCGAGGUUUAUUUUCGAAAGCUAUUAUUCAAAGUCCUGGUACUUGUGACUUGUAUCGGCCACAUGAUGAUCCGAUCGAGAUGGCGUUCAAAUUAGGAGCAAAACUAGGAUAUUUAGGAACGGAUCGUUUAAAAUUGGUUCAACACUUGAGGAAACUGUCGUGUUCCGAGCUAUUUCGAGCUGUUUCCUACCUAAUAGACGAUAAAGUUACGAAAAUAGUGGAAUUUGGACCAUCAGUUGAGAGUAUCGCUGAAGGCGCCGUAAUGCCUCCAGACUUUGAAGAACUAGCCAAACAUAGUACACCGAUGCCAACAAUUUAUGGAUGCAUGCCUGCAGAAGGAUCUGUUUUAUUGAUAGUGAGAAAAUCAAUGCAGCGGAGGAUAAGAGAUUGCAUGAAAUUAUUGACAGAAAAUUUCAAAAUGAAUCCGGAAUUAUAUCCUGCAAUGGAGAAAGAAAUGAGGAAAAUAUACUUCGGUGACAAGCAGGUUGCCAACAGCACGGCAGACCAGUUGAUUGAUUUACUUACUGACAUGUUCGUUUAUACGAUGCCUGAUGAUAUCAUCUCGUUAAUCAAUACGAAAGCUCCGAUAUAUCUGUACCGUUUCACCUACUUGGGCCGUCUGAACUUAGGAUCUGUAAUGAUGAGAUUGUUGUUCCCAUGGUUGUCUGUUUUGAACAAUUUUAAAAAGGCCCAGCAUGUAGAUGAACUAGCUUACUUGUUUCAUGUGAAAUUAGCAGUAUACCCACCAUUAAGCGACAGCAAUAAGAAAAUGAUUCAUCUUAUCACUACAAUGUGGACAAACUUUGCCAAAACGGGAGAUCCUUCGACCUCUGAGGUAAAAUGGAAACCAACUACACAUGACGAUAUGUGCUAUUUAGAAAUCAAUGAUGAGUCUGAAAUGAAGUCCGGAACCAUUUAUGCUGAAACGCUUGUGAAGUUACACGAAUUACUUGAUCCCGUUGUUGAAAAAUUUCUGUAGCGAGUCUGAGUCUACUUGUUAAUGGAUAAUGGCAUGCACUGCAGAUAAUUUUCCUAGGAUAUACUGUAAUGUUUCCAAUGUUGGGCUAUACUUGGGACAAAUCGUAACUUGAGUUGAUAAAUUUCUUUAUUGAGCAGAAAAUGCUCAUCUGUAAUAAACAUGUGAUAUUUUGACA